CCUUCUGAUUGGGAAACUGCAUUUGUUAAGCUGUUUCCCCAGACCCCAGACCUCCCUGUGUGCAAGAGCGGUGGGUUUGGGAGGCCUGAGCAGAGCCCCCCUGCCCUGAGAGCUGAGGUCACAGCUCUGGCUGGUUCUGGGCUGUGUGUGGCUAAGUUCACUGCAGCCCUGGCAUGGUUGGAGGAGGGGCAGCGGCUAAGUGGUUUCUGAAAAAACGGGCAAAAAUGAUGGGAAAGGCUUUGGGAUCCUCUGGGAAUCAGAGCCGCGGCAACAGCAGCUGCUGCCAUUGCUGGAAAUGUUUCCUUGAGUGCCAGAGCGUGCCCACAGCCCAUCCCUGCCAGUGCGGAGCAGCCGUGGCCCGGGGAAGGGCCGAGCGUCCUCCCAGAGGCAGGGGAGGCCACUCUUCUCCCCACACCAGCCCAACUCUCCCUUCGAAUAGCAACAGCCUUCAAGAGCUCACCGGCACCUGCUGGGUCUGGGCUGUGCCUGCGUCCUGCUGGCUGCCUCUUGGGCAAGGAUGAAGAAAUGGGGGAAUUCAGACUCAGGGGAGUCUGAGGAGCUGCCACAAUACAACUCGUGCACAGACCCCCUGGAUGGAGACCCUAACUCCAGGCCAGCUCCAACCAAGCCUCACAUCUUCCCCACGGCCAAGAGCCGCAGCCGGCUGUUCGGGAAAUGUGACUCGGAGGAGACUUCUAUGGACUGCUCUUAUGAGGAAGGCCAGCCAGCUUCCUGCCCAGCCAUCACAGUCAGCCCUGUUUUUAUUGUCCAGAAGACUGGGGAUGGCCCCACCUGUGCCAGGCAGCUGUCCCAGGACUCCGUCCCUGCCGGUGCUGAGAAGAGCCUCAAGCUCUAUGACCGCAGGAAGAUCUUCGAAGCCGUUGCUCAGAAUGACUGCAAGGAGCUGGAGAGCCUGCUGCUUUUCCUGCAGAAGAGAAAGAAGCACCUCAUGGACAGCGAGUUCAAAGACCCAGAGACAGGGAAGACCUGUCUGCUGAAAGCGAUGCUCAACCUGCAUGAUGGGCAGAACGAUACCAUCCCCCUCCUCCUGGAGAUUGCCCGGCAGACGGACAGCCUGAAGGAGCUUGUCAAUGCCAGCUACACAGACAGCUAUUACAAGGGCCAGACGGCCCUGCACAUUGCCAUUGAGAGGCGGAACAUGACACUGGUGACUCUCCUGGUGGAGAACGGGGCAGACGUCCAGGCUGCAGCCAAUGGGGACUUCUUUAAGAAAAUCGAAGGACGGCCUGGCUUCUACUUUGGUGAGCUGCCCCUCUCCCUGGCUGCAUGCACCAACCAGCUGGGCAUUGUGAAGUUCCUGCUGCAGAACUCCUGGCAGCAAGCAGACAUCAGCGCCCGGGACUCGGUGGGCAACACGGUGCUGCACGCACUGGUGGAGGUGGCUGACAACACAGUUGACAACACCAAGUUUGUGACGAGCAUGUACAAUGAGAUUCUGAUCCUGGGGGCCAAGCUCCACCCUACCCUGAAGCUGGAGGAGCUCACCAACAAGAAAGGGCUGACGCCCCUGGCCCUGGCCGCGAGUAGUGGGAAGAUUGGGGUCUUGGCCUAUAUUCUCCAGAGGGAGAUCCACGAGCCCGAGUGCAGGCACCUGUCCCGGAAGUUCACCGAGUGGGCCUACGGGCCUGUGCACUCCUCGCUCUAUGACCUGUCCUGCAUUGACACUUGUGAGAAGAACUCGGUGCUGGAGGUGAUUGCCUACAGCAGCAGUGAGACCCCUAAUCGCCAUGAUAUGCUCUUGGUGGAGCCACUGAACCGACUCCUGCAGGACAAGUGGGACAGAUUCGUCAAGCGCAUCUUCUACUUCAAUUUCUUUGUCUACUGCUUGUAUAUGAUCAUCUUCACCACAGCGGCUUACUACAGGCCUGUGGACGGCUUGCCUCCCUAUAAGCUGAAAUACACCGUCGGCGACUAUUUCCGAGUUACUGGAGAGAUUCUUUCUGUAUCAGGGGGAAUCUACUUCUUUUUCCGAGGGAUUCAAUAUUUCCUGCAGAGGCGGCCAUCACUGAAGACUUUGUUUGUGGACAGCUACAGUGAGAUGCUUUUCUUUGUGCAGUCACUGUUCAUGUUGGGGACCGUGGUGCUGUAUUUCUGCCAACGCAAGGAGUACGUGGCCUCCAUGGUGUUCUCCCUGGCCAUGGGCUGGACCAACAUGCUCUACUAUACCCGCGGCUUCCAGCAGAUGGGCAUCUAUGCUGUCAUGAUCGAGAAGAUGAUCUUGAGGGACCUGUGUCGCUUCAUGUUUGUCUACCUUGUUUUCUUGUUCGGGUUUUCCACAGCUGUGGUGACCCUGAUCGAGGAUGGAAAGAACGAUUCGGUGUCUGUCGAGCCCACAUCGCACAGGUGGCGGGGGCCUGGGUGCCGGCCACCCGACAGCUCCUAUAACAGCCUGUACUCCACGUGUCUGGAACUGUUCAAGUUCACCAUCGGUAUGGGCGACCUGGAGUUCACGGAGAACUAUGACUUUAAGGCUGUCUUCAUCAUCCUGCUGCUGGCCUACGUCAUUCUCACCUACAUCCUCCUGCUCAACAUGCUAAUCGCCCUCAUGGGUGAGACCGUCAACAAGAUCGCGCAGGAGAGCAAGAACAUCUGGAAGCUGCAGAGAGCCAUCACCAUCCUGGAUACAGAGAAGAGCUUCCUUAAGUGUAUGAGGAAGGCCUUCCGCUCAGGCAAGCUGUUGCAGGUGGGGUACACACCUGACGGCAAGGACGACUACAGGUGGUGUUUCAGGGUAGAUGAGGUGAACUGGACCACCUGGAACACCAACGUGGGCAUCAUCAAUGAAGACCCGGGCAACUGCGAGGGCAUCAAGCGCACCCUGAGCUUCUCCCUGCGGUCAGCCCGAGUUUCAGGGAGAAACUGGAAGAACUUUGCCCUGGUCCCCCUUUUAAGAGAAGCAAGUACUCGAGAAAGGCAUCCUGCCGAGCCUGAGGAAGUUCAUCUAAAGCACUUUGCAGGGUCCCUCAAGCCAGAAGAUGCUGAGGUCUUCAAGGAUCCUGCUGCUUUAGGGAGGAAGUGAGGGACCCCACAGGGGGCUCUCAACACUGUGGGCCUUAGGAUGAUAGCACACUGUCCCUGGGGUCUGUGUAGGGAACACCCGUGCUCUCUCAGCAGCCUGGCUCAGUCUGCGCCUGCCCAGACUGCACUGGGCAAGCUGUGGGAGCACUGCUGGGUGCGUGGGAAGAGAUACUCAUCCAACUCUUACUGUCCCCGAGUGGAUCUGCCAACAGGAAAGGAUCUUGCUUUCAAGGUUUUAUUAAACACUAUGAAUGAUAAAUCUCUUUGACAUAUGUGAUGCCCCUGUCUUCUUCAAUUUUAUAUCACUGGGAGUAACUGUAAAUGAAGCCCCGGAAAACACCUCUUAGAACGCAAUGCUCCUUUUGAUGUAAAAGGCCAAGAGCCUUCUCUGUAUUGUAGUUACUAUCUCCGCUGUCCAGAGCAGUCUGGGGUGGUGUCAUUUACGCCUCAGAGAAGUUGGGGGAAGCUGGUCCCAUUCCCAGCUCUGCCAGAAUCAGAGUGACUUCAGAGUGACUUCACCCUUCCAUGAUACAUCACAGUUCCAAAAACGUUAACUCUGUUGCUGUUCAAAUAAAGUAUAGAACCA